UUGGAAUACAAUUGAAAUCAAUCAUUUUAACCUAAAUCAUUUCUCACUUGGUUUCACUGGUAACUAUUUCUCGCGCGCGCGCGCUUUAGAAUCAGAUGGAGGAAAAUGAAGGGAAAAGUUAAUUGAUGGUAUUAUUUGGAAUCCCAGAUCCAAAUAAUUCUUCCUGAAUUUUUCUUCCUCCUGUUUCCAAGUUUCAACGAAGCUGAUUCAGUCCAUUUCUCCUACCGAAUCAAUCUCUUGAACAGGUUGUCGCUUGGCGAUUUCAGGAUCGAAUUUGUGGUGAACGUUUUCUUUCUCCCUGUCCUUUUGUCAAUUUUGAUUCCGCGAUUAAGAUCGUAACCCAAUUCGUCUAUUCUGUAAUUUUCAUUUCUUUUUCUGGGUUCCAUUCAACUGGAAGAAUUUUUGUGUGUUUGAUUUGGCUACAUACUGUCGAUCUUAUUAAUUUAGUUAUGACAUUGUUCUUCCCGAACCAACCGUAAUUGAGACUUCUCUGUAUUCUUCUCGAACUUGUAGCUCUCGUUAUGGACAAUUACGGUUCUUCCCCUUCAUAUCCAUACCACCAUCCAUAUGCAUACCCUCGUCCAGUUCCUCCUCAAUACCCACCGCCUCCUCAAUAUCCACCUCCUCCUCAACAUCCACCUCCUCCUCAUUAUACGCAUCCAAAUUCAGAUCCAUAUGCUCGUCCUCCGUACCCUUACCCGUAUGAUCCUUCACAUGCCUCUGUAUUUGCAUAUCCCCCACCCCCAUCUCAUUCUGCCCAAGUAGAGUAUUUUCAACAUCCACCUCCACAUUCUGGGCCUGUACCUUCCCCAUAUUCUUACGGUGACGCCUCUUAUACUAAUGAUAGUGCCAGGCCAUCCAUUCAAUAUCAUAACAAUUUCCAACCUGGUACAUCCCCAUAUCGGUAUGAAGAAUCUAGUACAUACCCUCCCCCAGAAACUCAAUACCCACCACCCCCUUCGCGAGUAAAUAACUCCUCUGGCCACUAUGAUAGCACUGAUUCGGUAUCGCCUGGCUCUUCUGCAUACCCGCCUUUGGAUGACCCUUUGUGUAAUAUACAUUUGUCUGAUCAUCAACCAACUGCUCCUGCAUCACCUCCUGCACCUGCGCAGCCUUCAGUUUCAUUAUUGUCGCAUUCACCUCAAAUUUCAAGAUAUGAUCGAUUCACCUCAAAUUACAAGAAUGAAGAAUCUAGUACAUACCCUCCCUCAGAAAGUCAAUACCCACCACCCCCUUCACGAGUAAAUAGCUUCUCUGGCCACUAUGAUAGCCCUGAUUCUGUUUCGCCUGUCUCCUCUGCAUACCCGCCUUUGGAUAGCCCUUUGUGUAAUGUACAUUUGUCUGAUCAUCAACCAACUGCUCCUGCAUCACCUCCUGCACCUGCGCAGCCUUCAGUUUCAUUAUUGUCGCAUUCACCUCAAAUUUCAAGAUAUGAUCGAUUCACCUCAAAUUACAAGAAUGAAGAAUCUAGUACAUACCCUCCCCCAGAAAGUCAAUACCCACCACCCCCUUCACGAGUAAAUAGCUUCUCUGGCCACUAUGAUAGCCCUGAUUCUGUUUCGCCUGUCUCCUCUGCAUACCCGCCUUUGGAUAGCCCUUUGUGUAAUGUACAUUUGUCUGAUCAUCAACCAACUGCUCCUGCAUCACCUCCUGCACCUGCGCAGCCUUCAGUUUCAUUAUUGUCGCAUUCACCUCAAAUUUCAAGAUAUGAUCGAUUCACCUCAAAUUACAAGAAUGAAGAAUCUAGUACAUACCCUCCCUCAGAAAGUCAAUACCCACCACCCCCUUCACGAGUAAAUAGCUUCUCUGGCCACUAUGAUAGCCCUGAUUCUGUUUCGCCUGUCUCCUCUGCAUACCCGCCUUUGGAUAGCCCUUUGUGUAAUGUACAUUUGUCUGAUCAUCAACCAACUGCUCCUGCAUCACCUCCUGCACCUGCGCAGCCUUCAGUUUCAUUAUUGUCGCAUUCACCUCAAAUUUCAAGAUAUGAUCGAUUCACCUCAAAUUACAAGAAUGAAGAACCUGGUACAUACCCUCCCCCAGAAAGUCAAUACCCACCACCCCCUUCACGAGCAAAUAGCUUCUCUGGCCACUAUAAUGGCACUGAUUCCUCAUCGCCUGUCUCUUAUGCAUACCCGCCUCUGGAUGACCUUUUGGGUAAUGUACAUUUGUCUGAUCAUCAACCUACUUCUCCUGCAUCACCUUCAGUGCCUGCACAGCCUUCAGUUUCAUUAUUGUCGCAUUCACCUCAAAUUAUAAGAUAUGAUCGGCGUGACCGAUUUUAUGGCUUUCCUAAUUCAUCAUUUUCUAGUUUCGAUACGGGGAAUUCAUAUCAAAUGGCUUCAUCCAACCAACCUUCAUUUUCCCAUUCAAGCUCAUUUGGUGGGUCUCAACAUAGUCAGAACUUGCAGAUUGUUCCAUUGCACAGUAAAGCAUCAUUGAAGGUUUUGCUGUUGCAUGGAAACUUAGAAAUAUGGGUUAAUGAGGCCAAAAAUCUUCCAAAUAUGGACAUGUUUCACAAGACCUUGGGGGAUAUGUUUGCAAAAUUACCUGGGAAUAUGAGCAACAAAGUUGAAGGACAUGUGAGUCAUAAGAUCACUAGUGAUCCUUAUGUUUCGAUCUAUGUAGCAAAUGCAGUAAUUGGGAGGACUUUUGUUAUAAGCAACAAUGAAAAUCCUGAAUGGAGGCAGCAUUUCUAUGUUCCCGUUGCACAUUAUGCUGCUGAAGUAGUUUUUGUCGUUAAAGACAGUGAUGUUGUUGGUUCGCAGCUAAUAGGAACUGUAACAAUUCCUGCAGAACAAAUAUAUGCAGGGUCUGUAGUUGAGGGAACCUUCCCAAUCCUACUUGGUGGGAAGCCAUGUAAGCCUGGAGCUGCUCUAACUAUUUCUAUUCAAUAUACCCCAAUGGACAGGCUUAGCACUUAUCAUCAUGGAGUGGGAGCUGGCCCUGAUUACCAGGGGGUUCCUGAUACAUAUUUCCCCCUCAGAAAGGGUGGAGCUGUCACUCUGUACCAAGAUGCCCAUGUUCCAGAUGGACACCUUCCAAAUUUGAUGCUUGAUAAUGGUAUGUACUAUGUACAUGGGAAGUGUUGGCAUGACAUCUUUGAUGCUGUACGUCAGGCUCGCAGGUUAAUUUAUAUAACUGGGUGGUCGGUGUGGCACAAAGUGAAACUAGUUCGAGAUACUGGCUAUGGGACAGAGUGUACCCUUGGAGAUCUCCUGAGGUCAAAGUCCCAGGAGGGAGUGAGAGUUUUGCUUCUUGUUUGGGACGAUCCCACUUCUAGGAGCAUUUUGGGAUAUAAAACUGAUGGUUUCAUGCAAACCCAUGAUGAGGAAACUCGCCGAUUUUUCAAACAAUCCUCUGUACAAGUGAUACUUUGUCCUCGGAUGGCUGGAAAACGACAUAGCUGGGUUAAGCAAAAGGAAGUUGGAACUAUCUAUACACACCAUCAGAAAACAGUUAUUGUGGAUGCUGAUGCUGGAAAUAAUAGAAGAAAAAUCAUAGCUUUUGUUGGAGGGCUCGAUUUAUGUGACGGGCGGUAUGAUAAUCCAUCACAUCCCAUAUUUCGGACACUUCAAACAGUACACAAGGAUGAUUACCACAAUCCUACAUACACGGGUAGUACUGUUGGUUGUCCAAGAGAACCGUGGCAUGAUCUGCACAGCAAAAUUGAAGGUCCAGCAGCAUAUGAUGUUUUGACCAAUUUUGAGGAGCGAUGGAGGAGAGCUUCAAAACCUCACGGGAUAAAAAAGUUGAAAUCAUAUGAUGAUGCUUUGCUGCGUAUUGAAAGAAUUCAUGACAUAAUUGGAAUUUCUGAAGCGUACUGUAACUAUGAAAAUGAUCCUGAAUCAUGGCAUGUGCAGAUUUUUCGUUCAAUUGAUUCAAGUUCUGUUAAAGAUUUCCCGAAGGACCCAAAAGAUGCCCCAAGCAAGAACCUCGUAUGUGGAAAGAAUGUGCUGAUUGACAUGAGUAUACACACAGCAUACGUGAAAGCCAUUCGAGCUGCCCAACACUACAUUUAUAUAGAGAACCAAUAUUUCAUUGGAUCAUCCUUCAAUUGGAAUUCAAACAAAGAUAUAGGUGCCAACAAUUUGAUUCCAAUGGAAAUUGCGCUAAAGAUUGCUGAUAAAAUCAGAGGAAAUGAGAGGUUUGCUGCAUAUAUUGUCAUCCCCAUGUGGCCUGAGGGCGUCCCAACUGCUGCUGCCACUCAGAGAAUACUAUUUUGGCAGCAAAAAACCAUGCAAAUGAUGUAUGAGGUCAUUUACAAGGCCUUGAUGGAGGUUGGUCUUGAGGAGGCAUUCUCUCCUCAAGACUAUUUGAACUUCUUCUGCCUGGGAAAUCGUGAGGAUGUGGAUGGAAAUGAUCCUUUAUCUUCUGGAAGCCCUAGUGCAGAAAACUCUCCACAGGCACUUAGUCGGAAAAGCAGAAGAUUUAUGAUAUAUGUUCACUCCAAAGGCAUGAUAGUUGAUGACGAGUAUGUGAUUUUGGGAUCUGCUAACAUCAACCAAAGAUCCAUGGAAGGAACUAGAGACACUGAGAUUGCUAUGGGAUCCUAUCAACCUCAUUAUACAUGGGCAAAGAAGCGUUCACGUCCUCGUGGACAGAUCUAUGGAUAUAGGAUGUCGUUGUGGGCGGAGCAUACAGGAACGAUGGAAGAGUGUUUCAAUGAACCGGAGAGCCUGGAAUGCGUGAGAAGAGUUAGAACAAUGGGAGAAUUAAACUGGAAACAGUUUGCUGCAGAUGAAGUAACAGAGAUGAGAGGACACCUUCUGAAGUACCCUGUUGAAGUUGAUAGAAGAGGGAGAGUAAAAUCCCUUCCUGGACAUGAAAAUUUUCCAGACGUAGGAGGAAAAAUAGUUGGUUCAUUUCUUGGGAUUCAGGAGAACCUCACUAUCUAAAUAACCUCUGGUUGUAUUCAAGACCUAACGAACGAGAGCGCUCUAGUUUCUAGCUCUGGAAAGUUUUGUUAGUAACUAUUAAGGAAAAUGAAGGGAGAAUUUAUACACAGAAUGGCCAUCUUUUUCUCCCGUUUUCUUGGGAGUGGCCUUUGUAACCCUCAUCCAUGUGGUUCUGUUUUUAAUGUUAAUAAUAUCUGUUAUUUGGAAGGCUGGAGAACAAAACAUUUAUUGGAA